AAUCCCUUUACCAAUACCACCACAGCAGUUCAUCCGGUGUCCGGUACUGCCGAGCUCUACGCGUGCGGAUGCCUCCGUUACAACUUGCGGUAGAACUGCCCGGCGGCGUGGUGCAACUAGACGAUGCCAAGAAAUCAUGGUAGAACGUUGGGAAUUAGGGGAAACGGGACGAAAGAUGAGUUAUAAAGCAAAGCCCCGGGUGCGUGGUUCUCGAAAUAUGAUGCUCUCUUGAAGCUUCCAAGCUCUGCCAGUCCAACUUCAGUCUCUCCUUUUCUACUGCACUCAUUCACCAUGGUUCGUGUUUUCAGUCUCGCCGCUUUUGCAACGGCAACCCUCGCUUCGUGCACACAGGCCCAAGGCCUAGAGACCUGCCUCGAAACGGCCGGUCUCCUCACUUCGUUCCCCGAAACCAACGCCUCGUUCCCGACCGACAUCCUCCCGUGGCAGCGCCGCGUCGCCCCCACCCCGGCCGGCGUCGCCUGGCCGCGCACUACCGAUGAGGUCGCCGCCGCUCUAGCCUGCGCCCGGGAGGCAAAGGUACUCGUUGCGGCCCGUGACGGCGGCCACUGCUACGGCUCCUACAGUCUGCCCAAUGCCGGGCUCACCAUCAACAUGACUCACUUCCAUGAGACCAACCAGCUCUGGAAAGAGCACGGCGCCCGCUUCCCUCACGUCCGUGCCAACAUGGUCGGCCUCAUCGGCUCUUCCAUCGGAGGCGGCUUUGGCUCCCUGUCCCGCAUGCUCGGAACCCCCAUGGACUUCCUCGAAGGCGCCACCUACAUGCUCUACAACGGCACCAUCACCUGGAAGCCCACGUACCAGCAGGCCAUCAACUACACCAUCACCCUCACCGACAGCUCCCUCUCCGCCGGCGUCGACUCCCUUCUCGCCAUCCAGGAGCACUACCUCUCCGGCCAGUGGCCCGACGAGCUCACCAUGCGCUGGUCCCUGACCGCCCCUUCCUACACCGGCUCCGGCUUCUACUGGGGAAACCCCGAGGACUUUGACAAGCUCCUCGAACCCCUCAUGGCCAAGCUCCCCAACGGCACCCAGCUCACCCGCACCAACGGGUUCCAGCCCUUCAAGGACCAGCUCGCCGCCGAGGGCGUGCCCCUGCGUGGUUUCGUGAACUACCGCGACACGGCUCUCACCGUUGAUCAGUGGAGCGAGCGCCUGUACGGCAAGAACUACGCCAAGUUGCAGGAGAUCAAGGCCGUGUACGACCCCGAGGGCAUGUUCACUGCUCACCCGCAGAGUAUCCCUCUGCCUGGUCAGCAGCCCCCUGCCGCCAUCAACUAG